AUGGCGGCAGCCAUAUCCUGUCUCGUUGCCCCGUUUCCGGGCGCCUCGGCCAAUCCGGAAGCGAAGCGUCUCUACGAUGACCUGCUGUCGAACUACAACCGCCUCAUCCGCCCUGUUGGCAACAACAGCGAUCGCCUCACUGUCAGAAUGGGACUACGCCUCUCCCAGCUCAUCGACGUCAACCUGAAGAAUCAGAUCAUGACGACAAACGUUUGGGUGGAACAAGAGUGGCACGAUUAUAAGCUGAGGUGGAAUCCGGACGAAUAUGGCGGUGUCGACACCCUUCAUGUACCAUCGGAACACAUAUGGUUACCUGACAUUGUUCUUUACAACAAUGCCGAUGGUAAUUACGAGGUGACCAUCAUGACUAAAGCGAUUUUAAACCACACUGGAAAGGUCAUCUGGAAACCACCGGCGAUCUAUAAAUCAUUUUGCGAAAUCAACGUGGAAUACUUCCCCUUCGACGUGCAAACUUGUUUUAUGAAAUUUGGUUCAUGGACUUACGACGGUUAUACGGUCGAUCUGCAGCAUCUCCUGCAGACCGAAGACUCGAAUAGAAUCGACGUCGGGAUCGACCUGACCGAUUAUUAUAUCUCCGUCGAGUGGGACAUUUUAGAUGUGCCUGCCGUGAGGAACGAGGCGUUCUACAUAUGCUGCGAGGAGCCCUAUCCCGACAUCAUAUUCAACAUCACCCUGCGCCGCAAGACCCUCUUCUACACGGUGAAUCUGAUAGUACCGUGCGUGGGCAUAUCUUUCCUAUCGGUGCUGGUAUUCUACUUGCCGAGCGACAGCGGCGAGAAGGUCUCCCUGUCGAUCUCGAUACUGCUCUCGUUGACGGUGUUCUUCCUAUUGCUGGCCGAGAUAAUACCGCCCACGUCGAUAACGGUGCCACUCCUGGGCAGGUACCUGCUGUUCACGAUGGUGAUGGUGACCUUCUCGGUGAUCGCCACGAUAGCCGUGCUAAACGUGAAUUUCCGUUCGCCCGUCACUCAUCGUAUGGCCAGGUGGGCGCGGUUCGUCAUCACGGUUCUGCCGCCUUUCCUCAUGAUCAAACGGCCGAAGAAGGAAGGCUUUGACUAUGAGGACGAGGAUGAGAUCAUCGGCCCUGUGGACGGCGACAAGGUCAACGACAAUGUCGAUGCCGAGAACGCGAACAGCCACGAAGAUGAUAUCGAGGCGGCGAACGGCAAGCCGCCCGAGGGCAUCCUCACCGAUGUGUUCCAUGUUCCAGAGACUGAUAAGUACGACACGUACUACGACAAGAGGUUCGGCGAAGAGUACGAGAUACCGCCACACGGUGUGCCACCGCCACCGCCAGCGAUGAGGUUCGACCCCGCCACUGUUAGUACCGCCGGCACCGUCGCACCCCGCUUUGAGGAACCCUUACCCUCGCUGCCACUGCCGGGGGCGGACGACGACCUCUUUGGGCCAGCUAGCCCUGGAUUCGCUCACGAGGACGCCAGCCCCACCUUCGAGAAGCCAUCGGUACACGCGAUCGAGAAGACCGUCGAUGACGCUCGCUUUAUCGCCCAGCACGCCAAGAACAAGGACAAGUUCGAGAGCGUGGAGGAGGACUGGAAGUACGUCGCGAUGGUGCUCGACCGGAUCUUUCUUUGGAUCUUCACGAUGACCUGCGUGGUGGGCACAAUAAUUAUUAUCUUUCAGGCGCCGAGCUUCUAUGACUCCACGAAGCCGAUCGACAUCAAGUACAGCAAGAUCGCCAAGAAGAAGAUGAUGCUGAUGAACAUGGGCCCCGAGGAGGACUAGUCGACGAUCUCGCGCGGCCCGAUGCCGCGUCCACAACGGCGGCUGAAUCAUCGUUGGCACCGCCGACGGCGUCAUC